AACCUAGCUAACGAGAGAGUUGAGAUCAGUCUUGUUGGUCUCCUCCGUUUUGUUCUUCGACCUUUGCGAUCCUUGUCGAAGGCAGCCGCCGAUUCGUAAAGCUUGCACGGAAUCAUGGCUGUUACUUCUGAUCUCGACCACAAAGAUGACCGCAUAGAUCGUAUUGCUUCCGCGAUCCGUGUAAUUCCAGAUUUCCCCAAGCCCGGAAUUAUGUUCCAGGAUAUAACAACCUUGCUUCUCGAUCCGAAGGCUUUCAAGGACACUAUUGAUCUCUUCGUUGAAAGAUACAAAGACAAAGAUAUCUCUGUUGUUGCAGGUAUUGAGGCGAGAGGUUUCAUAUUUGGACCACCCAUUGCGCUGGCAAUUGGAGCAAAAUUUGUCCCCAUGAGAAAACCCAAGAAGUUGCCUGGGGAAGUCAUCUCGGAAGAGUAUUCUUUGGAGUAUGGAACUGACAAAAUUGAGAUGCAUGUUGGAGCUGUACAAGCUGGAGAACGAGCCCUUGUGAUAGAUGAUCUUAUUGCCACUGGUGGCACACUAUCUGCCGCAAUUAGGCUGCUUGAGCGUGUUGAGGUUAAUGUGGUUGAGUGUGCCUGUGUUAUUGAAUUGCCAGAGCUAAAGGGAAGAGAGCGGUUGGGAGAUAAUCCGUUAUUUAUCCUGGUAAGCGCUCCUGGAGCCUAGAUUCUGCUGUGGAACUGUUCUCCCCGUGAAAUUUGAAUUCCUAGUCUUUUGUACCUUCAAUGAUUCGAAGCUGUCCAGCCAGAGAGGGUCGAGUCUAUUGAUUGGUGGGUCGGGAAUAAGGGAAUUCUUAUGAAUAGUGUGUCGGUUCAUUGAAUGCCAAUUAUUUAUCUUGGGCUUGUUUUUAGACAUGGGUAUAACUAAUUUUAAUUUGCUACAUUGGAGAUAUUAAGCUAUCUAACUUUUGUCAUUUAAUUUCUUAUGGAUGCACACAACCCUCUAUUACUUAAGGAUACAACAUGCAUGUUUGUUAAA